GCUCCGCGCUCCCCUAAAGUGGCUGCGAGCCGGCCGCCCACUUUCGGGGUCUGGGGGACGGAGAAAGUGAUGCGCGCCUUCUGAAGCCUCGCAGAGCGGCACCCGAAGCAGCGUCACCUCUCCAACUUUCCCCCCACGACUCCUUCUCUUGACCCUGCCCGCCCUCGACCCUCCCCAAAGCCACUUAGGAUUUAUCAGCGAUGCUGGUUAGUGUUCAAGAAAGCUUCCAGCAAAGGCCCAAAGAGACUGGAGAAAUUUUCUGACGAACGCGCUGCGUAUUUUAGGUGUUAUCAUAAGGUUACAGAGCUCAACAACGUGAAGAAUGUAGCCCGAUUGCCAAAGAGCACCAAGAAACACGCCGUUGGGAUUUAUUUCAGUGACAACACCUCCAAGACCUUCGCCUGUGAAUCAGAUCUCGAGGCUGAUGAGUGGUGCAAAGUCCUGCAGAUGGAGUGCGUAGGGGCGCGGAUCAAUGACAUCAGCCUGGGAGAGCCUGACUUACUGGCCACUGGGGUUGAGAGAGAACAGAGUGAGAGAUUCAACGUGUAUCUGAUGCCGUCUCCUAACUUAGAUGCACAUGGCGAGUGUGCCUUGCAGAUCACCUACGAGUGCAUCUGUCUCUGGGACAUCCAGAAUCCCAGAGUCAAACUCAUCUCUUGGCCGCUAAGUGCCCUGCGGCGAUACGGGCGUGACACCACGUGGUUCACAUUUGAGGCGGGGAGGAUGUGUGAGACUGGCGAAGGGCUGUUUAUCUUCCAGACACGAGACGGGGAGGCCAUCUAUCAGAAGGUCCACUCUGCCGCCUUGGCCAUAGCUGAGCAGCAUGAACGUUUGCUACAGAGUGUGAAAAAUUCUAUGCUCCAGAUGAAGAUGAGCGAGCGGGCCGCGUCUCUGAGCACCGUGGUGCCCCUGCCUCGCAGCGCCUACUGGCAGCACAUCACGCGGCAGCACAGCACCGGGCAGCUCUACCGCCUGCAAGAUGUUGCCAGCCCUCUGAAGCUUCACCGAACAGAGACUUUCCCUGCCUAUGGGUCCGAGCACUGACAGGUGCUGUUGGAGAUGGGAACACACCUGUGACACGUCAGCCGCAGAUCCACCCAGGAGGUCACGAAUGACAGCAGGAGGAGCGUCCACAAAGACAAGAAGCUUAAAGUCCUGGCAAAUUGUGUGGUCAUCGGGAAACUCUGCAAUACAAUAGUUUUCUUUUCUUUCUCUCCUUUCUCUUCCUCUUUUUUUAAUUCUUAGUGUAAUUGAAACGUGCUCUCUAGAUACCGGCUUUUUGUUCACAGCUGGACAGAAAGGGGUCAAUGCCACUAAGUGAUUUUCUAUUGUUGACAUUGUGGUCCCUGCACUUCUCUGAAUCUGUCCUUUUGUGGAUUCCUGUGAUUUUCCUUCUGAGUGUUUUAAUUGUACGACCGUCAGUGCUGACCAUAAAAUGCCUCUUAAUUAUUUGUUA